GGUCUCCUGACGGGCAAGGUCAGGCGAGGCUUGAAGCCAGCUGAAGGGAGAUUAGCUUGGGUGGCUGAGGAUAAGACCAGAGUGCGACAGUCGGCUCCCCUUUGGAGUGAAUUUGAUGACAAGACGUUUGAUCUGAUAGAAGCUGCCGAAGCCAUUGGCAAGAGAUACAGUAAGAGCUUUGCUAAUGUUGUAACAAAUAUACGUCAUCAAUGGAGUGGUUCCGUUCUGAGAUCAACGUUUAAUAUUUUACGAAAAUCCAAAAGGCCAUGCCAUAGUGGAGAGGCAAAAUUGUAUCUUAAUGAAAAAUGUGUAUACUUUAUUUAAUUAGUACUUUAUUAGAGCGUCUCUCCACAUGUUUUAUUUUUAUGUGCUAGUUAUUAACUAUGCAUACUUUUAUUGUUUCCUUUGUGUUGAUUACUUGCCAAAUGUAAAAACUAUAAGCAAAUAUAUUGGUUAUUAGCAAGUAAUUAAAAAAUUAAUUGAUAAUUGAAUAGUACCAAAUAGCUAAAUCCAUUUAAAAAUAUUUUUUUUUCCCGCCAUUUUCAGAUCGCAGCUUGCCUCAGGUUGCCAUACGAUGGCUGUUACAAAAAGACGUGGUCUCGUCUGUUGUCAUCGGAGCGCGAACUCUAGCCCAGCUGGACGAUAACCUGGAAGCCAGCAGCGGUUGGUCACUGACCAAAGACGAGGUAAGA